UAAUUCUUCUGAUCGUCAAAAAGACUGGAGGGACGAUGGCGGAGACCAAGACAGCGAGCAAGAAGGCCGACCGGGUCGUGCCAUCGGGCUGGACGCGCGUCGAGAGCAAGAGUCGUCCUGGCGAGUGCUACUACCUCAACAAGAAGACGGGCCAGAAGACGUGGAAGUACUCGGAGAUGAUGAGCAGCAUCAGCAGCAGUAAGGACGGGAAGCGGAAACGCGACGAGAAGGCCAAGUCGUCGUCGUCCAAGCGGUCCAAGAGCGAUGAGAAGCGGUCCAAGGUCGACGACGAUGCGACGGUGCACGUUCUCCACAUCCUCGUCAAGCACUCAGGCAGUCGCCGGGCGUCGUCAUGGCGACAGGACUCGAUCACGCGCAGCAAGGACGUGGCAAUCCAGCGCCUCCAAGGCCUGCGCGACCAGAUCGUGCUCGCGGGCAAGCAGGACGACGGCGCCGUCCGCGAAAAGUUUGAGGCGCUCGCCAAAGUCGAGUCGGAUUGCAACAGCGCCAAGCGCGGAGGGGACUUGGGUCCGUUCGGGCGCGGCAAGAUGCAGCCGCCCUUUGAAGCCGCGGCCUUUGCGCUGGCGCCGGCCGAGCUGAGCGAAAUGGUCGAGACAGAGAGCGGUGUCCACAUCCUCUAUCGCAUCAAGUAGCUGUAUAUCCUACACUGUACUGUACAGACGUAGUCGUCGUUGCUUGCUCUGUCUGGUAACAGUAUUUCGUAGAGGAAGCAAAGCAGGGUUAGUUGUAGAAUUAGUGGAUCGAUCUAAAGCGCAAACACGUUGGCAAAGCCGUCGUCGGCGCCAAACACCGC